UCCCGCCACUUGCGCGCGAUCUGCCAAGAAAAACACAUGAUUCCGUAGUCAGUGGCACGUCAACCGUGAGUUGUGCCCCACCACUGAUAUAUUUCUGUGUACCCCACGUAUUUCGUUCUGCUACUCUUUUCGAGCUCUCAUUUUCAACAGAUCGGCUUGAGUUAAAUAAAUAUCAGCAAUAAUGGCAGAGUACAACGAGUGCUAUGAGCUAGUUAUUGGAUUGGUGAAAGAAGCAGGUGUGUUGAUAAAAGACCGGAUCUUUACGCAGAAGGAUGUGGAACAAAAAUCCUGCGACAUAGACUUGGUGACUUUGACCGAUCAGGAAGUAGAGAAACUAUUGAUCGAUGGUAUUUCCUCAAAGUUUCCCGAUCACAGAUUCAUCGGUGAAGAAGCCACAGCGUCUGGUACCAAAGUUGAAUUGACGGAUUCUCCGACUUGGAUCAUAGAUCCCGUAGAUGGGACGAUGAACUUUGUUCACGGUUUUCCUCAUUCGUCUAUCUCUAUUGCUUUGUAUGACAAAAAAAUUGCCCAAAUCGGCAUAGUUUACAACCCCGUUCUAGAGCAGCUCUUCACAGCCCGGAAAGGAUUGGGUGCCUUCUUAAAUGGAAACCCAAUUCACGUUUCAAAUCAAAAAGAAUUGGGAAAAGCUCUUCUUAUGGUCGAAUGGGGUACUAGCCGGGAUCCGGAAAAGAUGAAAGUCUUCAUGGAAAACAUGACGAUUUUGAACCCUCUCAUUCAUGGGACCAGAACCUUGGGCUCGGCAGCCUUGAACAUGUGCAUGGUAGCUUCUGGCGGUGCUGAUAUAAAUUUUGAGUUCGGUAUACACGCCUGGGACAUAGCUGCUGGCAACAUCAUCGUCCGUGAGGCUGGUGGUGUUUGCAUCGAUCCAAGCGGAGGACCAUUAGAUUUGAUGAGCAGACGAGUCUUGUGUGCAUCGACUUCGGAAUUGGCGGAAAAAGUAGCAAAUUUAUUGAUCCAGCUUCACCCAGAGCGGGAUUAGAGGAGGAUCAUUGAUGUGUCGUGGAAUGACUUUGUCGCCUCGAUACCACUGGAAUGAGCAUUAGGUUUUUUGAACGCUGUUACUGGUACCUGGUAGGCUAAUUUUAGGCUAAGUAUUUAUAGUUCUUCAAAUAGUUUUAUUUCAAACAAUAUAGCAUAGUGCAUCCCAAAAUUGUGUUGCGGUAUACAUUGUUGUGAACAGUUGAUUCGGGGUAUGUAGUUAUCUUGCGUAAACUAUCGUACGAAAUUAUAUUACUUUUGGAGAACAGAUUAUACUCGAACCUUCGGUCAAAACGCCAUUUAAUUACUAUGGGUUCUUUGGAAACAUUGGAAUGAUCAGUUUUACAUUGGAACACUAUUGAAUCUGAUUGAUAUGUUAUGGAACUUACAAGUGCGACAAUAUCUUGUACAUCAUAUCGCUACCAAAUAUAACGUUUUCAAUGUUA